UGUUUUGAUAUACGUCAAAUUGAGUAUCACUCGGGUGUAAAGUAACUUUUUUAGAAUAAUCUCGUGUAAUAAUUCGUUAUUAUUAAAUCACAAUGUCCGCCCUAUUUAAUUUUCAGAGCCUCGUGACGGUAAUUUUAUUACUGAUAUGUACCUGUACCUAUAUUAGAUCUAUCGUGCCCACUUUACUGGACAAUCGGUUAGGGAAAGUUGGUUUCAAAGGUACCUUUUGGAAGUGUGCACGGCUGGGUGAGAGGAAAAGCCCGUACGUGGCAGUUAGUUGCCUUUUAAUGGCCUUCAGUAUCUUAUUUUGGACGUAAAAUUUAUAAAUGGAUGGUGAAAUGUGACAGACUAUACCGAACCAUAAUAUGUAACUCUAUGUCAAUUUUAAAUGUGAUGGAAUCAAAUGUAAAUAAAAAGUAAGCAUGUUUCUUUACUACAAAUUACAUUACUUACCCGAAUUAAGCCAUGAAAAGAAACAACAAAUGGAACUUUUGAAGUUCAAUUGAAAAUAAAAGGA